UAAACAGCAUUGUAUAUCUAAUAUCUAUAAGAUCAUUAAGAUCGUGUUUGAUGAGCAAUUACUAAUUUGUCAAUUUUAUUAUGUUUUUAUUGUUUUUUAAUUUCAUCACAAAAGAGCAUUUUUAACUUGUAAUAUAUCCGUGUGAUUACCAUGAAUUGAGACAUACUGAAUUAUACAUUUAUAUCUUAAUUCAUGGUUAGAGCAGUUAUUAUUUUUUUACUUACCAACGGUUGUUCAAAUAGCCAGCUUUAUAAAUUAUAAUAUUUUAAAACUCCAGUUGAUCACAUUACAUUCCAAACAAAAUGAAUGACGAAGAAGUAAUUUGGCGUAAGUUGCUCAUUGAUGGUGAUGGAAUAGGCGAUGAUAGGCGUUUAAAUGUUUUACUAAAAACAUAUUUAAAAUGGUGCAAUACAAAAUACACAGAUCCUCUUGAAAGUCAAAAAGCUAUGGAAAAGAUGUUAGUUCAUCUUAAUUUAUGUGAGCAUGCAAUGAAGAAAUCCCAAGCUGUUUCACGUAUGAAUGUAGAAGAAAUGCUAAUGUAUGACAACAUGUCUAAUGAAAUUGAUCAUAAUAUAACAAAUACAAAAACUGAGAUAGAUCGCGCAAAAGAAGAAUUAAAAAAAGCCAAAACCAUUAGACGAAAUCGCAUGGAGUAUGAUGUCUUAGCCAAGCUCAUUAUUCAACAUCCUCCUAGGACUGAAACUGCUAAACGUCUUGAUGAUUUAAAAGAUGAACUUCAAGCAUUAAAAAUGACUAAAAAUGAAAUAAAUCAAAAACUAGAUAAGAGACGAAAACAACUGCAUGUACUUAUGUCUGCAUUAAAUGACUUAACAGAUAGUUUAGAUGAUAGUGGUUCGAUGAGUGAAGAUAUGUCAUAUGAGACAUUUGACGAUGAAGAUCUUGAUAUCUUAACAAGAAAAGACGAUGUUGAGGAACCAAUGUCUGAUUAAUCACGAAAUAAAAACUAUAAAUGCCUAAUAAAAUGUUUUAUAUUAGUAUCAUGAAUAAACAAUAGGAACAAACAUUUAUAA